AUGCGGUGGUUCUUUUUCGGGAGAGCUGCAGGCAGCAUUGGCGACUGCAGGGAGGCUGCACCUCCGAGGGAGCAUCCUGAAUGGGGGCCAGAACCAUGGAAUACUCUGUGGAACGGAUGGGAGACCUGCACCCAGGUAUCUCCAGAACCAUGGACGCAGAAGGACCCCAUGGCGGUUUUACAGUAUUGGGGUCAGUUUGACCAUACUAAGAACUUGGUGCGACUGGAACAUGCCGGUCGGAUGGGAGGUGCUCUGCUGUGUGCAUAUAAGAUUUUAACGGGGCAGUUAAAGGAGGAACAGGAGAGGAAUCAGCUCCUCCAAGAGCAAUUGGAACAACCCAUCUUCAGCACCCGAGCUCAUGUCUUCCAGAUUGACCCAAACACUAAGAAGAACUGGGUUCCCACCAGCAAGCAUGCUGUUACUGUGUCCUACUUCUAUGACAGCACAAGAAAUGUCUACAGGAUAAUCAGUUUGGAUGGCUCAAAGGCAAUAAUAAAUAGCACUAUCACCCCCAACAUGACAUUUACUAAAACAUCCCAGAAGUUUGGCCAGUGGGCAGACAGCAGGGCAAAUACAGUCUAUGGCUUGGGAUUUUCUUCUGAACAUCACCUUUCAAAAUUUGCGGACAAAUUUCAGGAAUUCAAAGAAGCUGCACGACUAGCAAAGGAAAAAUCCCUAGAAAAGAUGGAGCUAACAAGUACGCCCUCGCAA